AUGACCGAAGAGGAUCUUCUACUGGAUCCAGUAGGCGACGACUAUCCAAGCCUGGUUGGUGAGGCUCUGCUCUCGUUGGACAACGACGAAUUCAGUUGCUCGGCAUCGCUUUCUGAAAAUGGUUAUGUAUGGAUGGUGGUAGGACGAAGACUAUUCGUUUGGAAACUUGAAAAUGAGAAGGCAUCAGCGAAUGCUGCGUAUCAACUGUCACUACCGCCAUCGGGACUUCCGUAUAAUGUGCGAACGGUUCGGGUCUAUUUGAGACCGAAUUCGUCGAAUGUUGGCGUGAUAGCUAUUUCACCCGAAGGGACGAUCAGGCAUUGGCCGAAUAUUGGUCGCAGUUACAGCGAUUCGUCAGUGGAUUUGGAACGCGAGGUGGCGCUUUCACUCGAUGAAGUUAUCGAUAGUGGUGAGCUGGUUCAAAUUUGUUUUUUAGUGUAUUCAACACCAAUUGAUUCGAAAAGGCAUCAAAUGUUUUUGAUUUUGUAA